AUGGGUUUCGAUCUUGAAGAGAAAGCCAAAGAGGCGUUUGUUGAAGACCACUUUGAGUUGGCGGUCAAACUUCUCACUCAAGCCAUUCUUCUUGAUCCUACCAAACCUAAACUUUACAAUAAUUGUGCUCAAGCCAACAACAAACUCAACAACUUCACCGAUUUGUUUUUCUGUCUAACAUUCCUUUAUUCAAUUUUAUUGUGUUGUUUUAGUUAA